CGGGCCACUAGCAUCAGAUGGUUUAACUGCGCUGCCUACCAACCUAUCUCCCAGGCAUUUGAAUAGAUAACUGAUCGCUAUCCUCCCGGACAAGGAUCUUUCGCUCUCAGACACCCGAUCUAUUUCGACACCUCCAAGACCCAAGUCCCCAUCCAACAUGGCAAACUACGACCAGUACCAGACGCCGCUGGGCAUGCGCUAUGCCAGCAAGGAAAUGCUCCAGCUGUUCUCCCCUCGGAGUCGCGCCAACACCUGGAGGCAGCUCUGGAUCCACCUUGCCGAGGCCGAGCACGAACUGGGCCUGCCUCAGGUCACAGCUGAGAAAAUCGCCGAGCUCAAGGCCAACGCCUACGUGAGCGAUGAGGCUUUCGAGGUCAUUCGCGUCGAAGAGAAGAUCCGACGCCACGAUGUCAUGGCCAACGUCCACGCUUACGGGAAAGAGGCUCCCAACGCAGCUGGCAUCAUCCAUCUCGGCGCGACGUCCUGCUAUGUCACCGACAAUGCCGAGCUGAUCUUUAUCAAGAAGGGCCUGGAACUGCUCCUGCCCAAGCUCGCCAAGGUUGUCAGCAACCUGCAGAAAUUUGCCCUCAAGUACAAGGACGUCCCGACCCUUGGCUUCACCCACCUCCAGCCGGCCCAGCUUAUCACGGUGGGCAAGCGCGCGUGCCAGUGGAUCCAGGAGCUCGUGAUGGACCUCGAGGACAUCGAGCAUGUUCUCGCCAACCUCCGCCUGCGCGGCAUCCAGGGAACCACGGGCACCAAGGCCUCGUUCAUGGAGCUGUUCGAGGGUGACGAGGUCAAGGUGAACAAGCUCAACGACAUCCUGUGUGGAAAGCUGGGCUUCGGUGGCGUCUAUGACAUCUCGACGCAGACGUACACCCGCAAGGUCGACCUGCGCAUAGCCAACGCGCUUUCGGCCUUUGGUGCCACGGCCGAGCGCAUCAGCCUCGACAUCCGCCACCUGGCCAACUGGAAGGAGAUCGAGGAGCCCUUUGAGGCCGGCCAGAUCGGCUCAUCCGCCAUGGCCUACAAGCGUAACCCCAUGCGUAGCGAGCGCAUAACCAGUCUUGGCCGCAAGCUGUCGACCCUCAACGCCAACUUCACCAAGACAUUUGAGGUCCAGAUGAUGGAACGCACGCUCGACGACUCGGCCAUCAGGCGCAUCGACAUUCCCGAGAUGUUCUUGCUCGCGGACGCAAUACUGAUCUCGCUCGACAACGUGACGGACGGCCUGGUCGUGUACCCAGCCACCAUCCGCAGUCGUGUGAUGCAGGAGCUCCCCUUCAUGGCGACUGAGAACAUCAUUAUGAAGCUAGUAGCCAAGGGCGCUUCGAGGCAGGAGGCGCACGAGGAGAUCCGCGUGCUGUCGCACCAGGCUUCACACGCGGUCAAGAUGGAGGGCAAGGCCAAUGACCUGAUCGAGCGCAUCCGCGACACGGCUUACUUUGCGCCCGUUCAUGCCGAGCUCGACGCGAUGCUCGACCCGGCCCUGUUCACCGGUUGCUCCCAGUCCAUUGUGGAACGGUACUGUGGCCACGACGGUGCUGUAGAAAAGGCACUGGCCCCCUACAAGCAGCAUAUCGCGUCCGCCGCCACGGCUGAGCUGUCAGUCUAGCUUGACGACUAUUGGGCUGCGAAUCGAGUCGCAGGAUCAAGGCGCCCAGCACGACACUCGGAAGAAAGGGCAGAAACAAGAAAGCGAAAAAGAAAAAGAAAAAGAAAAGUGCGAAGGGGCUCAACUAGCUCAAGGAGAGGGCAGCCCGGUUGUUUUUAAAGGCCAAAUUUUCUCUCCAUGCUUUUCAAGGAAUAUGGCGUUGGGUGCUAGAAAAUUUCGAGAGUUUAGUUCACGCGGGAAGGGGAAAUGUUGAUGCAGGUGGUCAAAAGCAGAACAUAAAAAUAAAAAAAUAAAAAAGGAAAAAUUCACUGCGAACAUGCAGCAGCAGCAGAGCAGCUCGGCCUGCAUUUGCCCAGCGUAUUUGCCAG